GGUGAGGCGGAGAUGAUCACCACACUGGAGGGUAGGGUGAGUGGGGAGCAGGUGGCCAGGGCCGUGGCCCGGGACCACGCACAGGCUGUGACCAGGAACUAUAUCACCAAUCCUCGCAUCACCUAUAGGACAGUGUGCAGCGUCAAUGGGCCGCUGGUGGUGCUGGACAAUGUCAAGUUUGCCCAGUACGCUGAGAUUGUCAAUUUCGUCCUUCCUAAUGGCACUUCCAGGAGUGGACAAGUCCUGGAAGUAGCUGGAACCAAGGCUAUUGUCCAGGUGUUUGAAGGAACAUCUGGGAUUGAUGCCAAGAAGACCACCUGCGAGUUCCUGGGAGACAUUCUCCGGAUCCCAGUGUCCGAGGACAUGUUGGGUCGAGUUUUCAAUGGAUCCGGCAAGCCCAUCGACAAGGGUCCAGAGGUCAUGGCUGAGGAUUUCCUGGAUAUUAACGGCCAGCCCAUCAAUCCUCAUGGCCGAAUCUACCCUGAGGAAAUGAUCCAGACAGGCAUUUCCCCCAUCGAUGUCAUGAACAGCAUCGCCCGGGGCCAGAAAAUCCCCAUCUUCUCAGCUGCCGGGCUCCCCCACAAUGAGAUUGCUGCACAGAUCUGCCGCCAGGCCGGCCUGGUGAAGAAGUCCAAGGAUGUGAUGGAUUUCCACGAGGACAACUUCGCCAUUGUCUUUGCCGCCAUGGGGGUGAACAUGGAGACAGCGCGUUUCUUCAAGUCUGACUUUGAGCAGAACGGCACCAUGGGCAAUGUCUGCCUCUUCCUGAACCUGGCCAACGACCCCACCAUCGAGAGAAUCAUCACUCCACGCCUGGCCCUGACCACAGCCGAGUUCCUGGCCUACCAGUGCGAGAAGCACGUUCUGGUCAUCCUGACAGACAUGAGCUCCUAUGCUGAGGCCCUGCGUGAGGUGUCCGCAGCCCGGGAGGAGGUACCUGGGCGUCGCGGCUUCCCUGGUUACAUGUACACGGACCUGGCCACCAUCUACGAACGGGCAGGACGGGUGGAGGGCCGCGGUGGCUCCAUUACCCAGAUCCCUAUCCUCACCAUGCCCAACGAUGACAUCACUCACCCCAUCCCAGACCUGACGGGCUUCAUCACAGAAGGCCAGAUCUACGUGGACCGGCAGCUCCACAAUAGACAGAUCUACCCUCCCAUCAACGUACUCCCGUCCCUGUCCCGCCUGAUGAAGUCAGCCAUAGGAGAGGGCAUGACCCGCAAGGACCAUGGUGACGUCUCCAAUCAGCUGUACGCCUGCUAUGCUAUUGGCAAGGAUGUGCAGGCCAUGAAGGCAGUGGUGGGGGAGGAGGCACUGACGCCUGAGGAUCUGCUCUACCUGGAGUUCCUGCAUAAGUUCGAGCGCCAUUUUAUCAACCAGGGCCCCUACGAGAACCGCAGCAUCUUUGAGUCCCUGGACAUCGGCUGGCAGCUGCUCCGCACCUUUCCCAAGGAGCUGCUGAAGCGGAUCCCACAGGCUGUGGUGGAGGAGUUUUACCCCCGUGAGGGGGCUCCCUCGGUCCCCCAGCACAGCUCUGACACCGCGCUCUGACCCCCGGCCCCCAGCCAAUGGCCCAGCUCUGGCCCUGGCCCCGUCUGCCUCCCAUUUCCUGGGGUUGCCCCCUCCCCCUGCUCUGAGGCUUUGCCCACCCCCAUCACCCAGGGUCAGCCCUCAAGCUCCAGGGCUUUGCCCCAUUUCCCUAGGUCAGCCCUCCUCCUCGCCGCCCCCCACCCCCAGCUCUGGGGCUUUGCCCUGACAGGGUUUUAUUUCCUAUUUAUUACGACAUGCCCAGCUGCCUCCUCCAGCUAGGCUGUAUUCAUUCAUUCGAUUGUAUUUAUUAAGCGCUUACUGUGUGCAGAGCACUGUACUAAGUGUUUG